CUCUUACUGGCAACCGUAAGACGAAAUCGGAGUUUUACGGAAAGAUAAAUAUGGUUUACGGAGAAUUGAUGGAAAAAGCAGAUUCUUUAGGAGAACUUAUCCGAAAAUUAGAAGGUCAAGUAGCUGAGAUAGCAACUGCAAUAAAGAGAGAUGGUGGAUGUCUUCCCGGAAGGACUGAUCUAAACCCAAGACGUCAAGUCAGUGCCGUAAUACUGCGCAGCAGAAAAAACCUCGCAGCAGGCACGAGGAAUAAUUCAGAUAUUGGAAAACCUGACGAUGCCGAUGAGACCGGGAAAAGCAACUCUCAUCCCAUUUUUCUUGACGAACCAGACCCAAAUCUAUCUCAAGAUAACCGGAAAACCACCACUGAAAAGGCUAAGGAAAAAGCAAUAGACUUAGAACUAGAAGAAGAUACGGAGAUUGAGGAUGAGAUCGAUCGACAGUACGGAACUGACGUCGAUCGACCCAAAACAACCACCGUCGAUCAACAACCGAAGAAACCCAUCGAUCGACGGUCUACUCAACCCGAACCCAUAAUUGAAAGAGUCUAUAGAACUUUACCCCCUUUUCCUCCUAAAACGCAAACUAAGAAAUCAUUAGAGAACGCAAUCUGCAAGAAAGCCUUAGAUAGGAUUUCUGUCGAGAUGUCUCUUAGCGAUGCUAUAAAAAUAGCACCUUCAAUUAAGAAGUAUAUAAAAGAUAUGACAUCUCCAAACUAUCCAAUCGCAGAACACAGUGUGAUGAUGAUUUCAGAAGAAGUAAGUGCUAUGAUUAAAGGAGAAACUCCAACGAAGAGAUCCGAUCCUGGUAGUUUCGUCCUAGAUUGUAAGAUUGAAAACACGCGUUUCCCUAGAUCACUAUGUGACCUCGGUUCUAGCGUGAACCUUAUGCCUUACUCUGUUGCUGUGACGUUAGGAUACAGAGAGUUUAUGCCAACUCCGAUCACCCUGGUUUUAGCUGAUAGAUCUAUUAGGGUACCCGAAGGAAUUCUCGAAGAUGUUCCCAUAAAGAUUAACGAUUGCAUCGUGCCUACGGAUUUUGUUGUGUUGAAAUACAGACAAGAACCCAAAGACCCUCUCAUUUUGGGAUGGCCAUUCCUAGCUACAGCUGGAGCGAUCAUUGACGUCAAGGAAGGACGAAUUAAUUUGAACAUAGGGGAUAUCUCGAUGACAUUUGAUAUGGAAAAACUGAUUAAGCGACCUCUAAUAGAUGACCAGGCCUUCUACGUGGAAAAGGUUUCCGAGGAUGAACGAGACUCUUUCAUUAACAUGUGUUCAGACAACCCCUUAGAAGAUACCCUUAACCACGUGGAAAAUGAAGUGUUUAGCAUAUCAGAUAGGACAGACGAUUACACGCAACUAAUGGACGCUAGCAUCGACGUUGCAAACGUAGAAGAAAAUGACGAUUCCGAAGUUGUCAUCGAUCGAUACCUUGAAGAUACCGUCGAUCGACAACCUCCUUCACAAUCAAAUUGGUCUAAAAAUAAAGCACCAAAGGUAGAAUUAAAACCUCUGCCCAGCGGUCUUAAGUACACUUACCUUUAUGAUCAAUCCUACCCUGUUAUCGUCAACGCCAAUCUCACUAGCGGAGAACUUGCUUUAUUGCUGAAUAAAUUACGCAAGUACAGGAAAGCAACCGGGUAUUCUCUCGAUGACAUUCCUGGAAUUUCUCCUGAUCUUUGCAUGCAUCGGAUUAACUUGGAAGAUGACGCUAAAACGUCAAUAGAACAGCAAAGGAGAUUGAAUCAAAAUCUGAAAGAAGUAGUUAAGAAGGAAAUUAUAAAACUCCUAGACGCUGGAGUUAUUUACCCCAUUUCGGAUAGCAAAUGGGUAAGCCCCGUACAUGUCGUACCCAAAAAGGGAGGUAUCACAGUAGUGAAGAAUGAAAAAGACGAACUCAUUCCGACUCGUACCGUUACUGGUCAUCGGAUGUGCAUUGAUUAUAGGAAAUUGAAUGCCGCUACUAGGAAAGACCAUUUUCCCCUUCCCUUUAUUGAUCAGAUGCUGGAGAGAUUAGCUAAUCACCAGUAUUACUGUUUUCUUGAUGGAUAUUCCGGAUUUUUUCAAAUUCCUAUACACCCGGAUGAUCAAGAAAAGACAACGUUUACAUGCCCCUAUGGAACUUUCGCAUAUCGCAGAAUGCCAUUUGGUCUAUGUAACGCCCCCGCUACUUUCCAACGAUGCAUGAUGUCAAUCUUUACAUAUAUGAUCGAGGACUUUAUGGAAGUAUUCAUUGAUGAUUUUUCAGUCUAUGGAUCAGAUUUUAUGAGUUGCCUCGAUAAUUUAUGCAAGGUAUUGGAAACAUGCGAAGAAAAGAACCUCGUCCUAAACUGGGAAAUAUGCCAUUUCAUGGUAAACGAUGGAAUAGUAUUAGGACAUAGAGUUUCCGCUGCUGGAAUAGAGGUCGAUAGAGCUAAGAUUGAAGUAAUGACCAGUUUACCCCCACCUAAAACUGUUAAGGACGUACGAAGUUUUCUCGGACACGCCAAAUUUUACAGAAGAUUUAUACUGGAGUUCAGCAAAAUCGCUAGACCUCUAAAUAACUUACUGUGCAAGGAUAUUAAAUUUGAUUUUACCCCCGAAUGCAUGAGAGCUUUUGAAGAUUUAAAGAAAUCCCUUAUCACUGCCCCUGUCGUACAAGCCCCCGAUUGGAAUCUUCCUGUCGAAAUCAUGUGCGAUGCGAGUGACUUCGCAAUUGGAGCAGUUCUAGGCCAAAGGAAAGAUAAAAAGCUACAUGCUAUUUACUACGCCAGCCGCACGCUUGAUGAAGCACUACACAAUUAUGCAACAACAGAGAAAGAACUAUUAGCUGUAGUUUACGCUUUUGAAAAAUUCAGUCAAUACUUGAUUGGCUCACGUGUAAUAGUUCACACUGAUCACGCUGCCAUCAAAUAUUUAAUGCAAAAGAAAGAUGCAAAACCUCGACUCAUACGCUGGAUUCUACUACUCCAAGAGUUUGACAUUGAGAUUAAGGAUAAGAGAGGAGUAGAUAAUGGAGUCGCUGACCAUCUUUCUCGUAUAAGGAUAGAGGAUGAUAUCCCUAUGGACGAUUUCUUUCCCACAGAGAAUGUUGCACACAUAGAUAUAUCCUUCGUCGGUCAAGUAUCUCUCACAUCUGAAGAUCAAUCGAUCGAUGAGGGAGAUGCCAUAUCGAUCGAUUCACGUAGUUCUACAUCGAUCGAUGACGAGACUGAUGUAAUUUCUCACCUCUCAGGUAACCAAGAUCACGAACCCCCGUUUAUUAAGAUCAACUUUGGUUUACAAGUAAAUGUUUUCGGUGAUGAGAUUAAUCUCACACCUAAGGAAUUAUCACAACGGGAGGUAAAUGCGAUUGGUAGAAACUCGGAUAACCGACCCUGGUAUGCCGACAUAGUUAACUAUUUGGCAGCUAAGGUUGAACCAGACGAACUCAAGGGAUAUAUGAGGAAGAAAUUUUUCAGAGAAGUAAGACGCUAUCAUUGGAUGAACCUUACCUCUAUAAGCAUUUUUCUGAUGGCAUAUACAGACGAUGCAUAUCCGAAGCUGAAAUUCCAGACAUUAUUUACCAAUGUCACGGAGCUGAGUAUGCAGGACAUUUCGCUACCUUUAAAACGGUUUCAAAAAUUCUCCAAGCAGGAUUUUGGUGGCCAACUAUCUUUCGCGAUGUCCAUGCAUUUAUAACCCAAUGUGACAGAUGCCAAAGACGGGGAAAAUCAGCAAAAGACACGAAAUGAAACAAAA